AUGGCCCCGCCCCUACCCCCGCCCACCCACAGCCUUGGCCACUCCACUGCGUGGCUUCUAGCAGAGAUUCGGCUUCUAGCAGAGAUUCGGAGCCUUUGGGCUCCUGGUGAGGCCCAGCAACUCACAACUUGGAAGUGGCAGUCCAAUCCAGAGCACUGGGCAAGGUCAAUACGACAGCAGUUGAAUGCUCAACUCCUGUUGGUCCCUCAUGAGGAGAAGACCCGCUCAUCACCGGAUGAGGCCUCGUCUGACGGCCUGGAAUCUUGGAAGUCUGUAUUGCUCCCAGAGGAAGAGGAGUUGCCCUGGGCCUCGGAGAGAAAACAGAAACUGUUCCUUAAGACUGUGACCAAGGGGCAACGUCCCACAGCACUGGAGCUUCUGCUAGAUGAGCUCCAGUCACUGUUCUCAGCCGUGUUGCAGGACUGCAGCCCUGCAGCAUGGCACUACCUGCACACCGUGCUGGGUUUGCUGCCUCCAUAUCGCUCACUUCUGGGUAACCACCUUGACCUACUACUGCCUUUUCUGGAGCAAUUGUACCGCUGGGCACCAUGGGUCCAGUCCCAGCUCCAUCUGGACAUACUUGAUGCCAUAGACCAGGCCUUUCCCCCAGACAAUUCUUUGCUAGCAGUUGUCUCCCAUAUGGACUGUCACUCACAGACGCAGCAUGUCCAACAUGGGCCUCCAUACCACACAUGCCCUUUGGUGCAGGCCCAGUGUAAUGGACAACAGGUAGAGGAGGAGUUAUCUACAUGGCUGCGACCACUGACCCUGCCUGAGCUACAAAACAGUGUAGGCAUCGUUGGGGCUGAGGUGGCCCUAGAAGAGAUGCGGUGGCUGGAUGGCCUUAACCUCCUCCCCCUGGCACUGGCAACAGACAUCCCUGUACAGUAUGAAAGCAGUCGUGCUGAGAAAGCAGAGGAGAAACCCAUUGGAAGCGAAAGGAGGUCUUUGAGUGAUCAGGAAGUUCCUGGAGAAAAAACCUCCCCAAAAAGAGAUACUGACUUCUUACCUGAAACUUCCCUCCUGCGUAGUCAUGUGGUAAACAUUCUACAGAUAGAGAAAUACCUGAAAACGGCCCAUUUUCUUUAUCUCAAUGUGGCACCCAGUCGGCACUUUAGGCCUUACAACCUGAUGGUUGUGCCACCAAACAAGGUGAAUCCAGAGCACUACAUCUUCUCUCCCUUUGGGAUCCUGCAUAUGCACCCUGUGGAGGGCAGUGACACAAUGACCCUGGGUACCUGGCAUCGCCACUCUGUUCUCUGGCAAAAGCUUCAGUUCAUUCCGUUCUUUAAGAAUUACCUUGUACGCAAGGCAUUGACCCGCUGGAAGAAAACAGUGAAGUUUCAGGUGAUUCGUCAGUGCCAGCUUUUCUUACGGAAUCACCUGCUCUUGGCUGUGCCUCACUUCGGAACUGGGCUACUCCAUGUCAGCAGGCUUCUGCAGGAGCUGCACUGUGUGCCCUGGCUUCCUCAGGAGCCAGAUCAGACUUAUGAGCUACUGGAGCUGCAGAAGGCUCUAACCAAGGCGAACCACAAGGCACUCCGUCUGCUCCGUCGCUGUCUACACCUCUGCACAGCCAUUCUUAAAUUGAUUCGUGAAGACACGUACCAAAUGCAGCAGGGCCUGCAGGAGCGAGUUCUAAUUUGCAAGAAGACCAGGAAAAGCCAGGGUUCUAUAUUCCUCCAGAGGCUACAGCGCCAAGAGCUGGAGCAGAGGCUGAAGCAGGCGGAGGCCUGGCUGCUGCAGCUGGGACAGCUUGCCCGCCUGGUAGACUACAUGAUUUGCCAGAACCUUGUGUCAAUCAUGGAGAAGGAGAUAACCUCUUUUGUGGCCAACAACUUGCAAAACCCAAGGCAGAAACCCUUCCUCAAAGCACAGUUGGUCUUUGAUGGUUGUGGCCAGCUGUCUCAUGUGCCCGCUAUUGAAAAGAUGAUGCAGAUUCUAAGCGAGGGCCUACAGAAUGUGAAGGCCUCUGCCCUGCAGGUGAUCCAGUCUUCACACCUCCAGAGUUCUUGGGACUCCCUGGAUCCCCAAGCAGAAUAUGAAGAGGAUGACUCAAACAUGGCCUUCCUGAUGCCCAGGUCCCAGGGCCAGCGCAGCUAUGCUGCGAGAAUCUUCUGUGGCCAGGAUAUUGGACUGGUGUGGCCUUGGAAGUCUCGUACAAAUACUGUAGGCCUGCAGGUCCGUGGGUACCACCUGCGGGGCCAAUUCUUGCCCUUUAAUUACAAGCAGCUGCAGGAGGACCUUGACAGUAACCCCCAAAUCCAGCAGGCAAUGACUAUACAACAGGCCCUGAUGGAGGGUGUGCUGUGCGAAGUACAGGAAUUUUGCAGAAAUUAUCACUGGAUAGCUGGCAUUUAUGAAUUCCUGCAAACCUGGGGGCCUCAGAAGCUGGAAGCCAUGAAAGGCUGUCCCAUCCAGAACUACAGAGCCCUAGUGAGCCGCCUGAACACUUGGCAGGCCCGUAUCUCCACCAUGCCUGUCGAGUUGAUUACAAAAGGCAGGUUGUUGCUGCUGAGCUGCCAUGAGAUGCAGGCAGAGAUGGAUUCCAAGCUGGACAAGAUCAGGAAUGACAUUCUUGCGCAGUUGCAGGAUGAGUGUCAGAGCCGCACUCAGCAGCUGAUAGCUGAGCUCACGGACUUCAUGAAGAUCUUCCAAACCAUCAACUCGGACAUCCAUGCCAUUGCGCGGUGCUCCCAGAAGCUGAAUGAGGCCAACGAGAAGAACACCGAACUGGAGGAUCGAGUGGAAUACACACGGUUACUCCACGAAGUCAUCCGGAACCAAUUUAACCUCUUCAGUGCUGAAAACGAGGCUCUGGAUGUCUCGGUGAGAGGGCAAUUCAGGGAGUCACCUAUCUCCCCACCCCCACCCCUGCCCCUUCCCCAUCUAGUUCCCCUCCCCAGAACGACAUCCGCCGACUGUCCUCUGCUUGCCCUGAAGCUGCUGGACACGUGGGAGGCAUUUCAAUUUGAGAAAAGCCAGGCCGCAGAGUUCCUACUCAGCAAGCGACAUGCCAUUGUGCCCAAGCUGCAGCAGCUGAUGGCAGCGGCACUGGUGGAGCUGGACGUCCUGCUUGAGAAGGCCGUGUCCAGCCCCUUCAUGGACCCCACGCAAGAGCAGAGGAGUAUCGAAUGCCAGCUCAUCUCACUGGAGCGUCAGUUUCAGAGCACAGUCAGCCACCUCAGUGAACUGCGCCAUGCCUAUGCCACCUUCACUGGGGAUGAGACGCCUCUGCCCCUGCCGGCCUGUGGGACCCGUCCGAUCGUGCAGCAGCAGCGUAUCUGGCACUUGUACCGCAUCAUCUCAGAGCACAUCAGCGAGUGGAAGUGCAUGGCUUUUAUCAAGUUCAACUUUGCGAUGGCCAUGGAGAAGACACACACCUGGUUAACAGAGGUGACCCAGAUGAUCACAAGCUGGGAGCUGCAGAACCCAGUGCUACAUUGCUGCCUGCACAUGCUGGAGGAGUUCCGCAGCUACCUCCCACUGCUCAUCAAGCUGAGCAGCCUGCAACUGCAGAACCCUCCCAGCCAAUCCCUCCUGCGAGCUUUAGGGCUGGGAAGUUUCAUUAAUCUGGACCUCCUAACAUUGGGCCAGCUGAUCAACUGUCCACUGCUGGAGUUUUCCGAUCGAAUCAACCAGAUCUGGCAGUGUGAAAAUGAUCGAAUCCGUGCUCAAGACAGCCUACGGUCGCUGCAACGGUCCUGGGAAGCACGUCAGUUGCGGCUGCUCAACUUUAUUCUGCGUGUACCCUACGAGCCCCCAGCUGCAGAGCGCUCCAAGAGGCAGGCUCUCCGCGGUCCCCAGUGGGAUGUAAUAUGUCAGGAUAGUGGCACCUUCAUUCUCUCAGACUGCAGCAGCCUGCUGGACUCCAUCCAGGAGAGUCUCCAGAUGUUAUUCAAGAUCCUGGCCACCCAAAAGUCCGGUGAUUUGCACAAAACAGCUCUAGACUGGAUGACCAUCAUGCACAGCCUGGGUGCCCUGCUAGAGGUGUGGGGGACCUUCCAGCAGAAGUGGAUUUUUCUGAAUAAAGUUCUGCAUGAGAUGAAGAUCCAGUUUCCCACCUCUGAAAUGAACGCUCGCUUCAAGGUCAUGGAUGACCGGUAUCGGACCCUGAUGAAGAUCUCCGUGGAGGACCCGCUGGUCCUGUCCCUUAUAGUGCCCAGUGCUAAGCGGAGCCCUCACUUCCAGGGGCAGCAGCUGCAACAACUGCUGCACGCAGGCUCGGUGGAGCUCGAGGGGAUCAUCGUGAUGCUGGAGGGUGUGCUCUACAGGGUGCGUGCUCGCUUUCCCCGCUUCUUCUUCCUGAGUGACAGUGAGCUGGUGGCCCUUCUUGCUGCCCCACUCGAGACAUGCGAAGCCCAGAAAUGGGCACAUCGUUGCUUUCCUCAUGUGCUUGCUGUGCGCUUCCAGGCCAGCCCAAUGGAUGAGAAGGAAAACAAGGAUGAGCCGGAGCCGAGCGCAAGCAUGCCCGCGCCGGUGGAAGCACUGGCCGUGCUCGGAGCAGGGGGGGAGGAGGUGAAGUUGCAGGAACCCCUUCCUCUGCAUCCUGAUCUCUCCAAGUGGCUGGCCUCUUUGGGGACAUCUCUGCGCAUGGUCCUGGUCUCCAUGCUGCAGGACUGUGUGGCCACCCACCUCACUCAGGGCCCGCCCCCAGAGUUCUCCCAACAGCUGCCUCCUCAAAACCAGCCAGUCUUGUACCAGCAUAUCUUACACUGGCUGGCUCUAGCCCAGACCUUCCCUUGGCAGUGUGUGCUGGUGGCAGAGCAGGUGGUGUGGCGGGCGGAGAUGGAGGAGGCGCUGCUUGAAGGGAGCACCCUGGCCAUGUUCCCCGUGCAAAUGCGCAAGCUGGAGGUACUAGUGCACUUUCUGCGAGCCCAAAGGGUCCGCCUGGGUGGGCAGCCCCUGCCCUCUGUCCACCAGGCCAGCCUGCUCAGUGCCCUCCUGGUCUUGACUGUGAGCCACCGGGACAUAGCACAGCUGCUGCGGCAGCAUGACGUCAGUGAUCUGAGAGACUUCCACUGGGCCCGCCAGCUCAAGUACCACCUGGGUUCCUCUCACAUGACCAGGAGUCCCCUGCAGAGACUCAGGACUAUCAGUAAGUCUGCCGGACCCUCUCAGCCACCAGCUCCCUGCUGGAUAGAAGUGCUGGGCCGCUCCUUCCAGUAUAAUUAUGAGUACCUGGGCCCCAGGCUGAAGCUGCUACCCACCCUGCUGCCUGAGCGGCCAGCCCUGGUGCUGCUACUGGCCCUCGAGGAGGUGGCUUGCGGCACUCUACUGGGCCCUGAUGGUGUGGGCAAGACAACUGUGGUGACCAACCUGGCACGGGCCCUAGGUCGCUAUCUGGUGAUACUGCCCUGCUUGUCUAGGAUAGAGGUCCCAAGCCUGAGCAACUACUUGAAUGGUGCCCUCCAGGCUGGUGCCUGGCUGAUGUUGAAGGCUGCUGAGCACCUGCCCCCAGGUUUGCUCUCUGCCCUGGGCCAGCGCCUAGCGGAACUACGCCGUCUGUAUGCCCCGCUAUACCAGGAGGCUUCGCAAAACACCAGCACCAUCGACCCCACCCAGCCUCUGCAACUCGGCACAGGCUUCUUUGAAAACCACCAUGUGAACAUUCGCCUUGGCUACGGCUGUCUCCUGACACUGCGUGCCUUGAGCCCUACGGUGCCCGCCAACUUGCGCCUGCUGUUGCGGCCUGUGGCGUUGGCCCUGCCUGACCUGUACCACAUAGCAGAGAUGACCCUGCAGAGUGCAGGGAUUCGAGACCCCUCCCGCAUGGCCACCCGCCUCUCCAAAUUCUUCUCCCUUGAGCGUGAGCUGGUGCCUGGGCCCCUGCCCUGCCGCCUGCCUUUGCUCAAGCAGAUACUGGAAGAUACAAUCCAGAGACUAAACGUGACCCUGGAGGCACCCAAGCAACCCCGCAUCGCUGCUACGGAUGAGGGGUUGCUGCUGCAGGCCCUGCUGCAUUCACAGCUGUUCAGCAGCCCCAACGAGCCCCACCUGCACAAGCUCCGCGAGCUGCUCUGUGGGCUCUUCCCGGGGGCCAGCCAAGUGCUCGCAGAGCCAGCGACGCUGAGGCUGACGAGGCCACUGAUAACAGAGGAGCUGCAGCAGGCAGGACUGCAUCCCAGCCCUGGCAUUUUGGGGUCUGUGGAGCAGCUGAGCCAGGCUCUGAACUCGACCUCAGGCAUUCUGCUCCUGGGCCCUGCGGGCAGUGGCAAGACCACUUGUUGGCACAGCUUAUUUAAGAUCCAGAACCAACUGCCAGCCAAGGAGAAUGUAUCAACCCAGGGUUGCCAGAUGGUGGAAAUUAUCAACCUAUACCCCAGUGUCCUCAGCCCCCAGGAGUUCCUGGGAUGGCUCGAGGGUCCCUGCUGGCACCACGGUGUCUUUCCCAGGCUGCUUCGUGUGGGCACGCAGUGCAAGUACAGGGACUUGAGGAAGCUCGGGCUAGAACCUGGGGGCACCCAGCACUGGGUUGUAUGUGAUGGGGCACCCAGUGCUGCUUGGUUGGACCCCAUCAUCUACCUUCUCAGUGAUCCCCCCAAGCUUAGCCUCCCCAAUGGCCAGGAGAUACUCCGCCCCCCAGACACCUUUUUCUUGAUGGAGGUGGCAGAUGCCACAGACAUGUCUCCCACGGUGGUGGGUCGCUGUGCUCUGGUCUGGUGUGGUGGGGAGCAUACUUGGGAGAGUAUGCUUAGUGUCCUGAUGAAGGCCCUGCCCCAGGAGUACCGCCUGCAGCACCAGUCAGUCACUCAGCUCAACCACUUGGCUGAAGUGCUAGUGCCUGCCACGUUCCAAUUCCUCGUCCACCGAGGGGCUGGCUCUGUGCUGCAGGUCCAUGGGCAGCAGGCUGUCUGCCCAGGAGUGGCAGAAGUCACGAGCCUGGCCCGUAUCUUUCGUGCUCUGCUUGACCCCUACCUGCACCUAGAGGAGAAGGAGAAGACACGUGACUCAGGGGAGCUCAGCAGUAGUGAACCUAUGUCUGGGAGUUUCCGGUACUCAAAAAACAGCUCUCUAAGCAACUUGUUCCAGAUGGACGGCAAGGAUGUGCGGAGUAAACAGAGGGAGCACCUGCUGGCAGUCAACAGCUUUCUGUAUGCUCUGAUCUGGGGGUUUGGAGGACUCCUCCCUUCCAGGUUCUGGCCCCUCUUCGACACCUUUCUGAGGGACACUAUUAAGAGCAUCCCCAACUACCCCGAGCUACCACAGGCAGCCUCACUGUUUGAUCUCUAUGUGUGUCCUGAGGAUGGGACCUUGGUUCCCUUCAAUGGUCAGUACCUGAGCAGCCGCAUCAAAGGAACUCCAGCCACCUUCAACCUUUCUCCUCAGAUGGAACGGCUCUUGUAUUUAGUGGACUUGCUUCUGCCAAGAGGACAGCCAGUGCUCAUGGCUGGAGAGGCAGCAUCGGGCAAGUCAGCCUUUGUGGAGGUCCUGGUGGAGCCCAAUCACCCCUACACGUGCAUCCUCAUCAACCCGAUCUUCACUUCCACCCACCUGCGCCUCCUGCUGAGUCGAGGAGCACAGGGCCAAGCACAAACCUGCACAUGGACCGGGCAUUUCCAGGAUCCUAAAGGCUCCCUCCUCUUCCUGCUGGAGGACCUACACCUGGCAGCUUCUGACCCAGAGAAGAGCUGCCAACCAGUGUUGGAGGUGCUGCGCCAGGCCCUCCAUGGCACUGUGUAUGCUCAUAGGACCUUGGAACUGCAGACGAUGCAGCAGCCAACAGUCAACUUCUUUGCUACGGCCACAGUGCCAGGCUACAGUGAGCGCCCACUGUGCCCACGCCUCUUCCGACUCUUCACAGUGCUGGCCCUGAGUAACAUGACUAAGGCAACCCUGCUCAGCAGGCAUGCCCCAAGCAUUCAGGCCUGGCUCGAACGCUUCCCCUCUGUGGACCUAGAGGGGCUUCUGGCAGGAGUCCUGAUUCAGAUCUCAAUGGAUGCUUGGGAGGCUGUGUGUAGCUGCUUCAUGCCUUCGCCCCUCCACCCACACUACCACUUCUCCCUGCACUUGGUAAACCACCUCCUCAAUAGCCUCCAGCUGCUGCCAACCAGGAUGGGCUCCCGAGGUUUCCUGGACUGUCAUAAUCACCAGGCGCGCUUGCACCGGGUGUCAGGCUUCCGAGGCACCCGUCUGACCACCAUGAUGGCCACACGCAACCUGAUGCGCUUCUGGCUGCAUGAGGCACAGAGGACCUUUUGUGACCGACUGGACAGCCCUAAAGAACGUUCCCAUUGUGCUAAGCUCCUCUUAGAAGUGGCUCAGAGUGCCUUCUGCUGGAGGGCAGAGGACCAGAACCCGGUCAAGGGCUGUGUGAAUGAAAAAGAGGAGGAAAAGGUGCCUGAAGUGGAAUCCGACAGGGAGUUGGCCCAGUGGGGGGACUCGAGCAACAGCAGCAGUGAGAGUGAGGAGGAAGGGGACCAUUAUGCCCUCCACGUCCCCACGGGCUCACACUGCAGUAGUCCCAGUGUGAAACCCUCCGGGACACCGACCAAUGCUGACAACCUGGAGAGCACACAUCAGAGGGCAAGCAAGGAGGACGUCCCUGUGCUCUCUAGCUUAAAACUCCCGACCAAGAGAUCCAGGAGUUUAUGGCAGAAGAUAACCCGGAUGGACAUGGUUACACCCUUGUUGCUACCAGUGCUGCUACUCCAUCCCCAGGAAAAGCCCUCUGACCUGAUCUUUAGUCAGGAACUGACAUUGGGUUCCACGUUGGAGAACCCUAACUUAUACCUGGAGCGACAGUGGGCAAGUCUGGAAAAGCAGCUAGCCUCCUCAGCUGCUCAGCUGAAAAUGAAGCCCCAGCUUGCCGUGUGUCGGACCAUGACCCAGCACGUGGCCCGCCUUGUCCGGGCUUUGGCCAGGCCCCGGCAGCAUGGCCUGUUACUCUCCAGGGCUCCAAGUACUGGGCGCCAUAUGGCCAUCACUUUGGCUGCUAAUAUUUGUCAGGCCCACCUCUUCCAUCUGCCAACUGGAUCAGAAGAGGCCGUUCUCCAGUGUUUAAGGGAUGCUAGCUGGCAUGCUGGCGUGUUAAACAAGCAAGUAGUCCUGUUGGUGCCGGAGGGAGUGGAUGUCACCACCUUUCAGCGCCUGCUGGCCCUGGCCACCUCGGGCAGUUUCCCUGACCAGUACACAGAGGCAGAGCUAGACGCCCUUGAGGAACAGUUCCCCAAAGAAAACCUUGGUGUCAAACAGAAUAUCAAGAAGGAAAUGGUGUUACAGAGGUUCUACCAGCAAGUAUGCAACCAACUGCACCUGUUCUUCCUGAUCAGAGUUGACCCGGCCCACAACCAGCUGCCUUUCACCCUAUUCCUGAGGCUCCUCCAAUUGGCAGUUGCCAGCAUCGAUCACUAUGAACCUUGGGAGCAAGCUGACUUGCUCAGUGUGGCCCAACACCACCUGGAGGGUGUUCAGAGUGUACCCCUUGGUGACGGUUCUUCGAACUGCCCGGAUCUCCAGGCCUCCAUUACCAAUGUGUCCCAAGUCACGGCUCUCAUUCACCUUUCGGCUGCCAGCUACCUUGAACACCUGGGCCCUGCACUGUCACUUGCCACCCCUAAGACCUACCUAGACUUCCUGAACACCUUCCUGCAGCUGCAGCACCAGAUGGCCUUGCAGAUGAGAAAUGAGGUCCAGCGGAUCCAGAAGGCCGUGGAGAACCUGAAAUUGCUGAUUGAACACCACAGUGCCCGUUCCAACCUGGCCUUCCACUUGGAACAGCAGCUGAAAACUUCCCGCAAGAGCAUCAGUGCUCUUCAAAGUCACAUAGAACAAGACAGGCUCCUGUACAGACAGCAACUGGCAGAAUGCCAGCAGCAAGAAAAGCUCAUUGAAAACCUGACCAAGCAGCGGGAUGCCCUGCAGGCUCAGCAGGAAGUGUUCCUGGAACAGAUGGGCAAGGCAUUUUUGGGCCCGCUGAGCCAGCUGCAGGUGACUGACUUUGAAGAGCUACGUAGCUAUCGCGCACCACCAGAAGCUGUGGUCCAGGUGACCGAUGCGCUGUGUGACCUGUUCCACCGUGAACCAGGCUGGGCCAGUGCGAAGCAGCUGUUAUGCACUGAGGAUUUUUAUCAGGAGCUGAUGUUCUUCCCCAAGGAGAUGAUGACAGAUGCGGAGCUUAUGAAGUUAAGCAUCGCUCUGCAGGCUCCCGGCAUGAGCGAUGCAGCGCUGAGAGCAGUAAGUGUACCUGCAGCACGCCUGACAGUCUGGCUUUGGGCUGUUCUGCGCUAUGGGUGGGCCCAGCGCCGGGGAAUGCCCACGGGUCUGCUGCUGCGACAAGUGGAAGCUGCACUAGCUCGGGAGCAGACUCGCCUGGGCCGGCAGCAGUUCCAGGCCCACGAGACCCUGAAGCGCAGCUUGGACAUGAGUAAGAAGAUGGCAGAAGACCAAAUGGCCCACAAUCAGGUGCUGGAGUCCCUCAUUCAAGCACAGUAUGGCAAAUAUUAUAAGUGGCCCAUAAAGACUACCCUACUCACACCCAUGGCCGCCUGGACAACACAGCUGAAGAAGCUGGUAGGCCGCGGCAUGACUGUCUUCGGAGAUGCCCUCAUGUGUGCAGCUGCCAUCGUCUAUCUGGGUCCUUUCCCACCAGUGCGGCGCCAGGAGCUGCUGCAUAAGUGGCUGGCUCUGUGCGGUGGCUUUCAGGAGUCUCUGGGCCCAGAUGAUGUGGCCCAGGCUCUGAAGCCAAAGCAGAAAUAUGUCACCACACCAAAGAACCCCCUGCUGCCCACACACUCUCCCUUCAGCCUUCUGUCCUUGCUGAGCUCUGACUCUGAGCAGCGCCAGUGGGACAGGAAGCAGAAGCCCCAGGCAAAGUCUGCCCGCCUGGCUGGACUGCUCCUGCGGAGUCUGACCCACUACCAUAGCAGCCGCUGGCCUCUGCUGCUUGACCCCAACAACCAGGCCCUCAUCUGGUUGGACCCACUGUCCCGUGGAGGGAUGACUUCUUUGAUUUCGGACCUCACCAAGGACAGAGGUAAGCACAACCUCAUGAGCACUCAAGGGAGUGUGUGCAAAGGCGAGACAGGCAUGCAAGACGACAACAGUGAGAACAAUGAGGACAAGGACAAGACAGAAGAGCAGGAGGCAAAGGCACAGGAAGACGAAGAAGAAAAAGAGGACCCAGAACAGGAGGAGAAGGAGAAAGACGAGACAGAGAAGAAGAGGUCAAAGUCAACCACUGAGACUCAGUCUCCACCUCUUCGCCCACUUCAAGUGCUCUCCGGUGCUGACCCAGAGCUUGGUGUACAGCUCCAGGAGGCAGCUGCCAAUGGCAUGCCUGUACUGCUGACCAAGAUGGAAUUUGGCCUAAGGUGCGCGGAACUGCAGUGGUUAUUGCAGCGGGAACAGCUGAGCCCACCCCAGGUGCAGCCUGGCUUCUGCCUCUAUCUGAGCACUAUGCUCCCUCUCGGAGCUUUGGACAAAGUACUAAGUGGUGACUUGCUGAAGGGGCUGAGUGUGUUGGACCUGAGCCAGGACGUGGACCUCCUAGAAGAAAAUAUGCUGUCUGAAAUUGUGUGCCUAGAAAGCCCUGAGCUCAAGACCCACUGGCAGGAACUGAAAACCAGCUUCCUGGAUACUUGCAAAGCCGUGGAGGUUGCUGAGGAAAAGCUGCUGGUGAUGCUGCUGUGCCAGAACACGCAAAUUCCGAGACCAGACAAGUUCCUGCGGAACAUGGUGAGGAUCCAGGCAGAGCUCUGUCAUCUACGUGCCAAGAAGGAGGAACUGGAAGAGCUGAGGAUGCAGGAGAUGGUGUUGUGGGCGCCCUAUCAGCACGUGGUCCAUCAUGGCAUGGCUUUGGUACAGGCCCUACGCCCGCUGCAGAACCUGAUGCCGCUUUCCCAUCUGAGCCCAGAUUGCUUCAUGGCAACCACCACACAGAUUCUGAGCCACAUAAAGAAGUGUGAGGCUCAGCCAGGGGAGGACAUGGCCAGCCAUCUGCUGCAGAUGAGAAUCCAGGUGAUCCGUCAGAUGCUGGGCAGCACUGUGGCUGUUCUGGGGGUGACCCGCGUACCCUUGGUGGGUGCCUUGGGGGCUUUGGCUUUGCUGCAAGCAACAAGAAAGACACCAGAACUGGAAAGACUGGCGCUCUGGCCUGGACUAGCAACCUCUCCCAGCACAGGGCACAGCCACCACCUCCCAGGGGUGGCCCGACCAACCUGGCUAGGGCUGAAGGCCUGGCACGAAUGUGGGAUGUUAGAGAUGCUGGCCCCAUUUGCUGGCCUGCGGGUAUCCCUGGCGGGCCAGUCCGAAAUUUGGCAGGCUUACCUGUCACUGUCAUCCACAGUGCUGGGUCCUGCCCCUGGGCCUGGGCCUGAUCCCCUCAGCCUCCUCCAGAAGCUGAUCCUAUGGCGUGUGCUGCGACCUGACUGCCUGGCAGGGGCCCUGGCGGACUUCACCACCAGCGUCCUGGGCAGACCUCUGGAUGAAACACUUGGUGCUCCCACCAUGCCCUUGGCGGCCAGUCGGGCUACUCAACCCAUGUUGGUCUUGUUGCCACCGCCUGGCCAUCCCACCGCCACCCUGCAUCCUCUGACUGUCAUCCAGAAGCUGGCUGCCACAUACAAGCAGGGACAGAAACAUCUGCAGGUGAUAGCCCUGGGCUGUGAAGCCUGGGACCCAAUCCCAUUUGUGGUCAACACUCUAUGCCAAGCUAUGCACAAGGGGUACUGGCUGGUGCUGGAUAACUGUCAUCUGAUGUCCCACUGGCCGCAAGAGCUACUACAGCCCUUGCUGGAUCUGUUUGAUGCAGUUCAGGUGGUCUCCGACUUGGGUUUGGAACUUGUGGAAAGCACCAGCAUGCCCAUCGUCCACAGGGAGUUCCGUCUUUGGCUUAUUUUGCCUGCGGAGGCCAUUGCUUCCUUGCCAGUUGUGCUGACUCAGCACUCCUUGCCUGUUUUCUGGAACCAGUCCCUGGAGUUAGGCUGUGUCUUGAAGGACAGCAUAGAGCUAGCCCAGCAAGGAUCCUGCAUGCCACCCCUGACCCAGACACUGCCUCUGUUUUUUCUGCAUGGCCUCUUGCUCCACCGGCAGCUCUAUGGGCUGAAGCUGCAGGCACACAGAGGGCGCUGGAGUCAAGACACUCUGACCCACGUCCUUCAGACCCAGGGCCAGCUGUGGGCCUCUCUCAGCAAUCCCAGGGUAGCCAUGCAGGAGUUGGCCGUCUCCGUGUUCUAUGGAGGCCCUGUCGGGGACAUCAAGGACAGGGAGACUCUGAUUAGCCUCACUGGAGCCUGCCUGAGUUCUGUCAGUGGGAACUGGACCUACCCACAAACACCCCAGCAUCUGCUGGCCACUCUCAUGCCCAGCCCAGAGCUGGGGGAGCAGGAUGCUAUCGCAGAGUGCAAGGCCCAGAUGCAUCUCCUGCCCACACCACCCGAACCCCGGAGCUGUGGACUAAGUGCAGGCCCCCAGGCCUGGCUGAUGCGACGCCGAAGUCGUGCUCUCCUGAGCGAGCUGCAGCGCAGUUGUGGGACUUGGGUUCCCGGGGUUCCCAGGGUCGCCCAGCGUGCGGAGCGGCGGCUGCGGCACCGCCUCGUGCAAGUCUCACGUAGGCUGGAGGCGUUGCGGGAUCUCCUGAGCGAGGGCGCUCGCCAGAACAAGUUGGGAGCCUGGAGGUCGGUGUUGGGGCCCACGGCGCAGAGCCCUCUGGAGGGCUUCCUGGAGUCGGAGGUGCUGGAGCUGCAGGAGCUGGUGAGCACUCUGCAGUGCGACCUGGCCUGCCAGCUGGAGCAGCUGAAAGGCGCGCCCCCGUGCGCCUCUCGGCGCUGUGCCGCGGUGGCCCAAGCUCUCUGGGCUGGCCGCCUACCGCCACCGUGGCGACGCCACGCGCCAGCAGGCCCCCAGCCGCCCUGGCACUGGCUGCGACAGUUGUCCCGCCGUGGGCACCUGCUGACCCACUACCUGAGCGGCAGCGCGGACGCCGAUGUACCAGAGCGCACCUUCCACCUGUCAGCCUUUGGCCACCCGCGGCGCCUGCUCCUGGCCCUGCGUUGGGAGGCUGCCUUGGACCAGUAUCCGUCCGGCUCGCCUGGCCCCGCGAGCCAAGGUUCCAGCUCCACGCACUGCGUGCAAAAACGCCAGGAACUAACCAGCACCCCACUGCAUUUCAGGGUGGAGAAUGGCCCCAACCCCACGGCUCCAGAGGCAGGGCUGCUGCUGACGGGGCUGCAGGUGCUGAACGCCGAGUGGGACCCGCUAGCUGGGGCUUUGCAGGACAGUUCCUCUGGCCAGCCCAGCCCUCUGCCUCCGGUCAGCGUCAGCGCGCAGGCCCAGGGCGCCAGCCACCUGCCAGCUCCAGGGGGUCUGGCUGUGUACUCCUGCCCUGUGUACAUGGAAGGGCCCCUCGGGACCACUAGGCUGCACAGCAGGAACAUCCUGACACACAUGCUCCUGCCCACGAAGCUCAGCCCAGCCACCUGUGCCCAACGGAGAGUUUAUGUGUGCAGCCCACCCCUACCCUAAGCCCACACCCACAAUAAAGCGGCGACAGACUGCU